AUGGCAUCCAACACGUCUUCGUCGGCGAACGGCGCCAACGGCGCACCAGCGCUGCCUACGCCGUCCAUAGCCACGUCCACCCUGCACGCCGACCACCCGUCUGCGCUCACGGACGCCAACUAUGCGGUCGCGCCCGUGCUCAGUCUCUCUACGACCUUCCGCUCACCCGCUCCGCACUCUGCCCACGCGCAGCUGCUCGAAGACGCCGCGGCGGGGCGCGCCGAGUUCGACAUGCAGGACCCGGGCUUUCACAUCUACAGCCGGUACUCACAGACGACCAACCUCCGCGCCGAGAAGGUGCUCUCCAACGUGAUUGGCGCCAAUGCGCUGACGUACAGCAGCGGGCUGGCAGCGGUGUAUGCCGCGGUGGUGCACUAUGCGCCCAAGGUGAUUGCGAUCCGCAGAGGGUACCAUGGCGUGCAUGUUUCCAUCAAGUUGUAUUGUCGAGGACGCGAGGUCAAGCUGAUCGAUUUGGACGAUGAUUAUGCCGAGGCUGUCAAGGGCACGGUCAGCAGCAGUGAGACCAAAAGCGAGGGCGAGAGCCAGGGCGAGGGCGCGGGUGUGCAGAGGGGUGGGCUGCUCGUGUGGGUCGAGACGCCGCUCAACCCCACGGGCGAAGCGCGCGACUUGGCCAAGUACGUCGCCAAAGCGAAGCGCAUCCCCAACGCGCACGUCGUUGUCGACUCGACGUUCGCCCCGCCCCCGCUCCAGAACCCCUUUGCGCAGGGUGCCGACAUGGUGAUGCACUCGGGCACAAAGUACUUCGGCGGCCACUCGGACCUGCUGUGCGGCGUGCUGGCCGUGCCGAGCAAGCGCGAGUGGGACAGCCUCUGGGCGGACCGCACGUUCAGCGGGGCUACGCUGGGGAGCAUGGAGGCGUACCUGCUGCUGCGCUCGUUGCGCACGCUGACCGUGCGCGUCGAGAAGCAGUCGGCGACGGCGACGCUGCUGGCGCGCUGGCUGCAUUCGCUUUCUGCGUCGUGGACGCAGGAGGUGGCCGAGGAGGAUGAGCCGUUCGCACGCGGCAAGUUGAUCGCGAGGACGUACCACUCAUCGCUGCAGCCGCGGUCGGACGCCGACGACGUGGUCAUCAAGGGCAGGAGCCUCGAAGACCCCUCUUUCGACCCUGCCGCGCAGAUGCCCGGUGGCCACACGCCCACGUUUGCCUUCCGCACCGCCAAGCCGGACUACGCCACGUGGAUCCCGCAUCUCACGACGUACUUCACCCCCGCGACCUCGCUCGGCGGCGUCGAGAGCUUGCUGGAGCACCGGGUCAAGUCGGACCCGUCCGAGGAUGCGCGCAUCGUGCGCGUGUCGGUGGGGCUCGAGGCAUUUGAGGAUCUUAGGGCGGAUUUGAGGGCGGCGUUUGCCGAGGUGCUGCGCAGGGAGGCCAAGGGCGAGCUCAAGUAG